AUGGACAAGAUCGCUUCGAAACGGACUCUGCGCUUUCAUGUACCCACUCAUGCCCGGUAUCAUCCCUCCAAUGCUCAUCUUCCCCAGCCUCGCCUACCCAGUGCUUAUGCGCGCCAUAGAUCGAGGUCAAUGGAGUCCCUGUUCGGUCGACCCAACAACAAUCGGCCUAACCGAACGGCCGCCGCCAGUGAUGGAGACCACACGGACAUAGGAGCUCAUCUGGAGAUGUCUGGGGCAGGACAAGACGAUGGGGCAGCUCAUUCAGCGUUUGGCAAGUACCAGAAGAUCUUCAUUGUCGUGAUGGUAACUCUGGCAUCGUUCUUCUCUCCUCUCUCUGGUCAAAUCUACUAUCCCGUCAUGCCCACCCUCAUCAAGAACUACCACCUCACCACUGCACUGGUCAAUCUGACUAUCACCACCUACAUGAUCCUCCAAGGCCUUGCGCCUAGCUUCAUGGGUACCUUUGCAGACAAUGGCGGUCGUCGCCCGGCAUACAUCAUCGCCUUCGCCAUCUACACAGCUGCCAACAUCGGUCUCGCGGUACAAAACAGUUUCGCCGCGUUAUUGGUGCUUCGCUGCAUUCAGAGCGCCGGCAGCAGCGGUACUGUCGCCUUUGGAUAUGGGGUCAUCGCCGACAUUGCGACUCCCGCCGAGCGUGGAAAGUACAUCGGGCCCAUGUCUGCAGGAGUCAUGGUUGCGCCGGCACUUGGUCCUGUCAUCGGCGGUCUACUAUCUCGAUUCCUCGGCUGGCGCAGCGUGUUCUGGUUCCUUGUCAUCGUGAGCGGAGGAUAUCUUCUCAUUUACAUGAUUGCUAUGCCGGAGACAGCGCGGACAAUCGUUGGAGAUGGCAGCCUCCCACCAAGGGAGUGGUGGCGGAUGUCAUUGGUCCAGUAUCUGUCUACUCGACAAUUCAGACGGAGGAGAGCAAAUCGGACAAAUCAAGAGCAAUCUGAGCAUCGGCCGCGCUCGUCAAAGCUCAAAUUCCCGAAUCCGCUCGCCUCAUUUGCUAUCUUGUUGGAGAAAGAUGCCUUGAUCAUCAUUUCUUAUGUUGGACUGGUCAUGUUCGGCAAUGUCGCCCUGCUCACUAGCACGCCCAAUCUGUUCCCCCGGCUUUACGGUUUCAAUGAGCUUCAGGUUGGCCUUUGUUUCCUUCCUCUCGGCAUCAGCGCCUGUAUCAGUGCCAUUCUAAAUGGCAAACUAGUCGACUACAACUACAAGCGUAUUGCCCGCAAGCUCCGGUUCCCUGUCAACCGCAGGAGAGGCGACGAUCUCCGCAACUACCCUAUCGAGCGGGCUCGUCUUCAAUGCGUCUUCCCACUCAUGGCCGUCGGAUGUGCAGCGUUCAUUCCAUACGGAUGGACCCUACAACAACAAACCAGCCUAGCAGCCCCCCUCGUCCUACAAUUCAUAAUCGGCUUCUGCUUCAUCGCCUCCCUGAAUACCCUCAACACCUUGCUGGUAGACCUGUUCCCAGACCGUGCUGCUACCGCCGCUGCGGCCUGCAACCUCGUGCGCUGCUGGCUGGGGGCUAUCGGGGCGGCGGUGAUUGAUCAGAUGUUGGAGGGUAUGGGUUGGGGGUGGACUUUUACCUUCCUAGGCUUGUGCAUGGCUGUGUCUAUGGCCUUGCUUUGGGUCGAGUAUCUGUAUGGCAUGCGCUGGAGACAAACUCGGCUUGAUGACAAUGAGCGAAAGAAGACUCCGCAAACUGAGCAGGCCGAUCUCGAGGCCCAGGCUGGCAUAGAGAUGGGGACACGAGGUGAGGAUAAGAAUGUCGAGCUCAAUGCGGAAGACAAGUGA